ACGUUCCAGGUUGGAAAAAGGAUUUGAAAGUUCCCCCGGUCGUAAAAUGUUCAAACUGUCGUACAAACGGUUCGCCUCGCUGCUGUUCUUCCAGCUGGUGUUUCUGUGCGUCGAUUUGGGCAUCAACAGCUUCUCGUAUCUGGCCCGCGGGGACAAAGUGUCCAUCAUCUUUCUGUUUUUGGCCCAGGAUGUCUGUUUGAUUCUUUCCUUUACGGCGAUCAUCUUCAGCCUGUACUCGACCUAUGUGUACCAGGCUGGAAUGGCCCACCUGCUGUACGAGAAGUUCCGGGUUCCGCUGCUGGUCGCGAUGAUGUACUUUAUCCUGUGCAUUUCGCUGCACACCUGGCAGGUGGUCGACCAUCACAAAUCGCCCUACCUGUUCCAGUGGCCGAAGGCGCUGACCGCGCUCUUCAUCAUCCAGAGAUUGUUUUCACCCCUGUACUACUAUCUGUACAAGAGAUCGGCCCUGAAGAUGAGCGAUCCACGCUUCUACGAGAAUCUCGACUGGAUCACAUCGGCCAUCAAGUAAAUUUGGACACGGCUCC